AUGACAUGGGGGUGCUAUUCUAAUAUCUAGAAGGUUGACGGUAACGCUAUGGAUAUGGAUCAGGUCAGAAUUCAGAUGCUGAUGAUUGACCUGGAGACUGGAUUAUAGAGGGGCGGGGCCGUUGACUCGGAAAUGUUUGCCGGGUCUUGCAUUCGGCUAAACUUCCCCAGACUAUCGGGUAAACAGGUUCUACUUCUACUUCGUCGAAUUUGAUAUCAAAAACAGAACUUCCCUCGAGAAUGCUAUUGAGACACUGGACACCUUGAACGGCCAGUUGGUGCUCAUCACACAACCAUGGCCUCCCCAUCCGUCGAACCGUCCGACAUCCCCAUCCCCACCGGUUCUGACUCCGCCUGCUUCACCCACAUCUCCAAUCAAAUCGCCCUCCGCGUUCCCCUCUCCCCCAUCUACCACCUCCUCCUCUCCCCGCCCGCCCUCCGCCUCGUCCAUGCCUCGCCCGGCCUGAUCCGCGCGCACCUCAUCCUCGGCCCUCAGCACCUCAAUGCCGGCGGCUCCCUCCACGGCUCCGCCAGCGCGACCAUCGUCGACUGGGCCGGCGGCAUGGCGAUCGCAUCGUGGGAUCUGCGGUCCGGCACCGGGGUCAGUGCGGAUAUCCAUGUCAAUUAUAUCGGCGGGGCGCGGGAGGGAGAGACGGUGGAGAUCGAAGGGCGGGCGGAGAAGGUGGGUGGGGGGUUGGCGUUUACGAGCGUCAGGAUUGCGAAGGUGCGGGAGAGGGGGGAGGUCGGGCCAUUGGUCAUCACGGCGACACACACGAAGUAUGUGAGAGGGACGGCGCCGGUGAGGAAAGAUGUGGCGAGUGUGGAACCCUCGGCUUAGCCCUUGGGUGUUCGUGGGUGUCUUUUUUCGAUCAAGGCUCACCCUUCGGCCUUGUUGUAGGGCCAUUCCUGGCGUCCGGAAGGCUUGUGGACGCAUAACCAACCUGCUAUCCCCUUCGCCCUCGGCAUGUCGAAUGGAUAAAUACAUAGACUCGCGAUUGGUGCUAGAUAAACUUCCUUCUGUACUUUAGAAACCUUUGCAUGAACCCCAAAGCAGUUCUGCGGUGGUGCUUAAGAGGGAUACACGGGCGACAAUGUCAAGUCCGCACGAUUCAUAAAACGAUACUCUUUCCAUUAUCAUUCCCUCUUCAAUAUCAUAC